AUGGCAAUCUGCACUAUUGGGAAAGGCAUCAUAAUCAAAUGGCAGCAGGACUUGAAGAUGAUACUCGAUUUGACUGUGCCCUCUCUGAAACUGCGGCUACCACUUGUCGAGCAAGGUAUGGGCUUCUAUGGAACCAUGGAUGCAGCCAUGUCUCCAGCAAGCAUACCUCAAACAUCAUAUGCGCCAUCAGCGCUUGAAGGAAAUGAUCUUUUGACUACCACGACGUCCCACAAGAAGGUAGCAAAGGCGACGCCUUCGAAUGCCCUCUCGGUUCUUUUUGUGACCGCGACGCCCAUCCAGCUAGCACAGGUCAGGCACGUUUUUGUCGACCUCCAACCGUACGUCUAUUUGUUCAUGGGCUGUCAAAGGCUCGAACACAAAUGUUUACCUCGCAGAAUGAAUGGUUUGUUCAUGAAGUACGGGAUUAUGAGGAUGAAUGCAUCAAGUUCUCAGCAGGUGGCACCGAGGACCUGGAAAUAA